CAGCCUAGUUAUCAUUUAUUUGCCCUUUGCAAGGCGGCUGAACGACACUGAGUGGCGCUGUGAGAAUGUUUCAAUCUAUGCAAAGUUUAAUUAAUCAUUAAACUUCUCUGAGGUACGUCACAGCUUUACGAUGACGAGACUAAAGGAUGUUGACGACGCUUUAGUACGUGUGUUCGUUUUAACGGCAUUCAUGCUGGUUUUAUUGAGUAUUUCAGACUCACAGAACACUGCUGAUGUCACCAUGUCCUGUCCUUCACUCUUCGAGAACAACAGAACCUACAUCAUCCAGUGCGUGGUCAACAGCACAGCCAUCACCCAGGCCGGCUGCCAGCCUCCUCCACCUUACCUCAAGAUGGGCUUCACCAGCGCCACCCAGUCAGACGGGUAUGUUUGUUUUGCUGACUACCCGUGCGACCUGUCUGGAAGUCCAGAACGGUGCGUCCGGUGCACCAGCUCCGUCAACAACAUCUACACCUACUCGCUCCCCAUACAGGUCAGCUAUGACGUGUACAACGGGGGAGUGUUGGACUGCCUGCUGGACUGCCCUCAGUCGACUAGAAACAUCACGUAUGCCAUCAACAGUACCUGCCUCUCGCUUUACUUUACGCCUCGCCAGAGAGAUGGAUUUUUUACCUGCCCGACAGCUUGGGUCGACGAGGACCCCGUGACCUUGACCUGCGAAGUCAAGGCAUCCAGCGUGAACCCUGCAGCCUGCCCUGGCGGGUCAGGACCGCUGGCGUUCGGCUUUACCCCGAGGGGUGGGACACAACGUUCUGACUGCGUCAUCACCUCUUACCUUGACUCAGCCUGUGAUGGCGUCUUCAACGCCGACGGCUGUAGAUGCAGAGAGAAAACGGCGAAUGACACGUAUAUUCUGGAGUACACAUUCAUUGCUGACGUCAACAGGUAUAAUGGAGGAUCGUGGGCCUGUGUACCUACGUGUCUUUACGCCAACAACUCUCAGGCAGCUAAGACCAUCGAUGUCACAGGAAACUGUACAAAUGUUGGGAUUGUGGUUCCGCAGUACGAUGGUGCUCUCACGUGCCCAGGAACAUGGAAAGACCAGGAGACUAUGACCCUAACCUGUGAGGUAAUAGAAUCCAGUGUCCUGUCUGACUGGUGUUCGGAUGCGCUGGGGGUAAUAGCCUUUGACUUCACCUCCACCGAAGGGGCGGUAACUCGAAGCUGUGUUGUCUCCUCCUACCGGUAUUCUGCCUGCAAUGGCAUCUUCAACGCCGACGGCUGUCGAUGUAGAGAGAGAACUGCGAACGACACCUACAUUCUGGAGUACCGGGUAGCCGCUGACGUCACCAGGCAUCUCGGGGUAUCGUGGGCCUGUGUGCCGGUGUGUCUGGAUUCCUUUACCCGACCAGCCGAAAGAAACAUUCGUAUUCCUCCCAAUUGCAAGAAUAUCCCGUUUGCAAAAACUACAAUUGAACAGAGAACAGAAAAAGCUACAUCAGUGACUACAACAACGACAACAAGAGUUGCAAAUGCAACAGCAAUAGUAAUAACGGAAACAACAACAACAAGCACCACAGCCAAGAUUACUGUACACACGCCACCAACAGUGACCUAGUAAGCUGUGAAAUAAAGAGGACUUUCAAGACUUUUAUACAGGAAUCGCAGAAAACAGCUCCACACCUUGCAGAUGCAAAGCAUGUUUGCAGAGUGUAGAAAACUUAUAUAUUUAAAAUGUUUUCGUAUGUACAAACAAUGGGCAUAAAACGUAACCAGCACAUGUUCUUUUACUUUUUUGAAAAUAAACUUUUUUAACAAUC